AUUCAGACACAAGGCUCUCUCCAGAAACAGUGAAGCCAGUGAUAAUUGGGAUUUUAAAAGUAGACCGGAGCCUUUCUUGCUGUCGGGUCGUGUUUCCACACGGGGCGGAUUGGUGAACAAGAUGGCUGUGGCCACGGGCAACGUGACUGAAGAAGGAAAAACAGAGAUCGAUUCCGGCGACCCUGGAGCCGCUCUGUUUGGGAAUUUUAUCAAUUAUUACAGCUUCAAUCCCCCGGAGAAUCGACUCAGCCUCAUCCCGGCUUCUCUGCUGCAGGAGCUGGGCUACAGCAGCGCCGCAGACCGCGCACCCUUCCUGCUGCUCGAUGUUGGGUGCAAUUCGGGAGAUUUGAGCAUUGCUCUGUACAGGCAUCUGCUGGGUCUGGAUGAAGACUCUUGUGAGCCCGGGGGAGGAGGAGCACUGGAGGGAAGGAAGCAGCUUCACCUGCUGGGCUGUGACCUGGACGAGACCCUGAUCCAGAGAGCACAGGAGGGGAACCCCUUCCCUGAGACCGUCACCUUCCUCCCCCUGGACAUCACGGACCGCGGGGCCCGCGAGGAGGUCCUGGGGUCCUACCUGGCUCGAUACGGCCGCCCCUCCUUCGACCUGUGCGCCUGCCUGGCCGUGACCAUGUGGGUCCACCUGAACCACGGGGACCAGGGGCUGCUGGAGCUGCUCUCCUCCCUGGCCGCUCUCUGCCACCACCUGCUGCUGGAGGCCCAGCCCUGGAGGUGCUACCGCGCGGCUGCACGCCGCCUGCGCAGGGCGGGCAGGACGGACUUCGAGCACUUCAAGCAGCUGCGGGUCCGGGGGGUCCCGGGGAUCAGGGGCCACCUGGAGUCCCGCUGCGGGAUGGAGCUGGUGCACAGCUUCGGACACACGGCCUGGGACAGGAGCCUGCUGCUGUUCCAGAGACGCUCCCCCGAGCAAGAGCGCUCGUCUAAGAAAGUAAAGAAAUGAAACCCGUCAGCCUGAGCUUGUUCCCUGUACGCUGGGGCUGACCCGUCCCGUAGUGAAACCUGCAGUGGUGGGACUGCUGUCCAUCCCUCACCCGGACUUCAUAUUGUAGAACUGAAUCUGUGAUUUCAAAUACAUUCUGUACAAUACAGAACAUUCUGAAGGGGAAAAUCAAAGAAGUCAAGCAGUCUCAGAGAGGCUUUCGGGGUUCAGACCCAGGCUAGACCACAUGGGCACAUCAGCAGAGGUGUAGGCAGUGGGCUUAUUCUUCAAAAAGGGGUGCGGCUCUCAAUAUUUUGCACACGAAACCCUGUGAUGUGGAGGGGAUUAUUGAAAUGAUGUGUCAAUGGAAUGUGCAUUUUAUUUCAGUUUUUACUGCAUUUUACUUUUUGUUCCUGACACAGGAUUUUAUUUUGAAAGUUUGCAACUUCAGUUUUCGAGCAGUUGACAUGCUGUACAGUAAGGAAGGAUCUUGGACUUUUUUUCAGAUUUAGGUGCCGUUACAGUUUUGAACCACAAGGUGGCGGCGAUGUUCCCUCAAAUACUGUAAAUUUAAAACUUUCUGUUUGAACACAUUAGUUGAACUUAAGCGAUAAAUACAGAAUUCUGUGUGUGUGUGUGUAUAAUGCAAUAAACAGAAUUCACUAUCCUCAGUAAAUACAGAAUUCUGUGUAUGUAUAAUGUAAUAAAGAGAAUUCACUAUCCUCAGUAAAUACAGAAUUCUGUGUGUGUGUGUGUAUAAUGCAAUAAAGAAAAUUCACUAUCCUCAGUAAAUACAGAAUUCUGUGUGUGUGUGUAUAAUGUAAUAAAGAGAAUUCACUAUCCUCAGUAAAUACAGAAUUCUGUGUGUGUGUGUGUAUAAUGUAAUAAAGAGAAUUCACUAUCCUCA